AUGGAUAAUAAAUGUUUAAAAAAAUCAACAAUGCAGCAGCUGCAGACUCUGGUACGCCAUAUGGAAGAAAAUCCAGAAUUUGCCAAGGGUUCACCGGUGUUCGGAGCAAGUAAGCGUUCAGCAGAUGAAGAGUGGAAGAGUUUGUGCGAAAAACUAAAUUCCCUUGGACCUCCUACGCGUACUCUUGCUGAAUGGAAAAAGACCUGGGCAGAUUUAAAGUCUCGAACAAAAAAGAAACUGGGAGAUAACAAAAAAAGCCUGCUGGAAACCGGUGGUGGUCUCUACAGACACAGCCAUUUGACGGAACUGGAGCAAAUAAUAGACAGGACAUUAUUUUUGUCCUCAGCUGUGCCCAGUGGUCCUGUAUAUGGAGGGAGUACCGCAAAAAGUGUGCCCCAAGACAAUCAGACGUCAAUUGAAGACUGCUUCCAAUCCUUAGUGGAGACACCGCCAAGAAACAGCAAAGCAGUGGCGGUGAUCACACCAAGCAGAGUUGAAGAAAGGCAACCAAGUGCUGAAAAACAAAUGCCACACAGACAACAACUGCUGCAGACCCAAGAACAACUCAAGCAAGUCUACCGAAGUGACAGUGAGAACGAGCAAGCAGGCUGUUCCUCUGCCAAAAAAAGGAAAAGAACUGUCGACGAACAGAUAGCUUUAAUUCGCCGUCAACUUAGAGUGGCUGAGCGAAGUGCUGCAACAGUCAAGGAGCAGGUUGAUGCUGCUAAAAGGUUGGCUGAUGCUGCCGAGGCACAGGCUGAAGCAGCAAAAAGAAGCGCAGAUGCCGCCGAAGCAACAGCAGCCAGCAUGAAGGCAAUUGUAGAAACAACCAAACGAAUAGAAAAUGUCUUACAAAACUAUCUGCUAAAUACAAAAAAAUAA